AUGAGGUUUUUUGACAAUGAUGGAUAUCAACAAAGAGCAGCUUGUAUUUGUGUAUUAUUAAUAACAUCUCAUCGUGAUAAAUCGUUAUGGAUAUUUCUAGGUGGUAGAAUUGAACCAAAUGAAAGUACAAUUGAUGCAGCAUAUAGAGAAUUAUAUGAAGAAGCAGGUGUUAAAGAACGUAUUCUUCGAGAAUUAGGUGUUUUUGAAAAUCGUGAAAGAAAACAUGGAAGAACU